ACAACAUAUGGAGGCGUUUGUGUGAGGUGGACGAGAGCAGCAGAGAGCAGACGAGAAGUUCGGGGCGUCAAAUAUCCGCCGCGGGAGACAAACAGAUCGGGACAGCUCGGUCACGUCGAACUGGGGACACGCUAGAUCCUAACUCGAUACGCGAAAGAUUUAUUCUUGAACAUUCGGACUGAGUCUGCAGCAGGUUACAUACGAGUAAGACAUUUGUAGGAGCCGUAUUGCUCGUCUGACAACUGCUACUUGUCGUCGCAUUAAAGUAUGCCAGCAUGUUGACGGAACAGAAUGUGAUUAUGGAGCUGACCGAUUCCAGUGAUACAGUGCCGAUUGGUUUUAUCACUACGGACGAUGGUCAUACGCUGCUGGCAGUAGGCGAACAUGAGGACGGCACGCUGGAAUUUAUGGCAGCACCAAUCACUUUAAUGCCACAAAAUAACAUGGUGUCCCCGGCAUUGAUAAAGACUGUGGAUGGAAGUUUUAUUUUACAUCCGUCUGUUUUCCAAUUGAAUGUGGAUGGUCUGUCGGGAACUGUGAUGCCACAAACAAACCUACUGCCACUGAUGCAACAUUUUGAGGAUGCAUCUGCAGUCACGGAGCAAUUGAAAGUACAGGAUACAAACGAAUGUGGAGUUACGGAAUCUUUAUUACCUAUUAGUAAUGUGUUAUCAAACAAAGGGCAAUCAACAGUUGACAAUCAUGUUAAAAACGAAUCGACAACUGUAUCCAUGAUACAGAACGCCUACAAAAGAUCUCCAGGGAGACCGAAAAAGACUGGAGUAACUUCGCAAAAUGCGCAGUCUCUGAAGUGUGAUAUAUGCAGGCAGGAAUUUACUAAACAAACAUUGUACCGCAGACAUAUGGAAAAUCAUGCGGAAGAGAAACCGCAUAGAUGUCCCAAAUGUCCAGCAUCAUUUAAUAUUCCAACAAAUUUCACGCUUCAUAUGGCAACGCAUAAUACCGGCGACCCAAAAUGUCCCGAAUGCGGUAGGAAAUAUGCGAGAAUGGCGAGUCUCAAGUCUCACAUGUUGCUGCACGAAAAGGAGGAGAAUCUCUUUUGCACGGAGUGCGAGGACGCCUUUUCGACGAAGGCUCAAUUGGACGCGCAUUUAAAACUUCACGGAGAGAAGUGGGCGAGCGAGGAUGUGCGAAAGUGCAAAUUAUGCAACAAACAGUUCGUCCAGCCCGCACUCUACCGAAUGCACAUUCGCGAGCAUUACAGGCUACAGACGAAGAUAGUAAAGCAAACUAAGAGGGGAACGAAACAUAAAACAAUGUACAAAUGCACCAUAUGCUUGAAGAGUUUCCAAAAACCGAGCCAACUGAUGCGACAUAUCAGAGUACACACCGGAGAAAAGCCCUUCGAGUGUACCAUGUGCAACAAGAAGUUCACGCAAAGGAAUUCGUUGCAAAUCCAUACGUGGCAACACACGGGGAUUCGGCCGCAUACCUGCAGCCUCUGUAACGCCAAGUUUAGUCAAAAAGGGAAUCUAAAGGCGCAUAUACUCAGGGUACACAAUGCGCCAGAAGGUGAGCCCACGUACGCCUGUUCUUAUUGCUCCUGCAUCUUUAAGAAGCUGGGCAGUUUAAAUGGACACAUAAAGCGAAUGCAUUCCGUUUCUUUGGAGGAAUCUGUCGCCAAGUCCUCGGAAGCUAAUUCCAAUAUCUCGUCGGAAGCUGACAUGCGCGCGACCGUCGACAGCGUCAUAUCGCAAUUGGCAUCUUUGGAAUCCGUCGUGAAUAAUACCGCAGAUUCCACGAGAACCGCGACGCUAAGUGCGGAACAGAAUGAUAUUCUGCAACAAGCAUUGAAAAUCAGCGGCUUGCCGAACAAAAACGAAGGCACUUCGAAAGAAACCGCGGAACCGAAGAAAACGGAUUCGCCAACGUCGUAUGUCACGCUGUUGGAUAGAACCGCUGGUGGUACUUCGAGGAAGUAUGUCACUAUAAAACAGCGCUGCGUAGGAAACGUACGGUGGUAUGCAUGUUCGUUCUGCCCGAAAGAAUUCAAAAAGCCGUCGGACUUGAUACGUCACUUGCGCGUACACACCCAAGAGAAGCCCUUCAAGUGUAUGUAUUGCGUGCGUUCCUUUGCGCUAAAGUCGACAAUGAUAGCGCACGAGCGGACUCACACCGGAUUGAAGAAAUACGCCUGCGAUUCCUGCGACAAAACCUUCGCGUGUCAUAGCAGCCUUACCUCUCACACGAGAUUACACACGAAACCGCACAAGUGCAACAUAUGCGACAAGUCAUUUAGCGCGAGCAUCAUCCUAAAAAAUCACAUGAAGAGUCACGCACGGGAGAAGCCCAAGAUAUCGCCGGAAGCGGAGAGCCUAGUGCCGCAAGUGGUACUGCAAGAACCGCUCGUCAUCAGCGAUGCCGAUAAUAAAAUCAGCGUGGUGCAGGUGCAGUCGAAACAGAAACAAUUGUACGAAAGUGUCAGUGUGGCCAGGCCGCACGAGUGUUGGGUCUGUCACGCAGCGUUCAGAAAAGUCAGCCACUUGAAACAACAUUAUCGCAGGCACACUGGCGAGCGUCCUUACAAGUGCUCCAAGUGCGACAGGAGAUUUACAACGAACAGCGUUUUGAAAUCUCACCUGCAUACGCACGACGACGCGAGGCCGUACAGUUGUUCGAUGUGCGACACGAAAUUCUCCACGCAGAGCAGCAUGAAGAGGCACUUAGUCACGCAUAGCAAUAAAAGACCAUACAUGUGUCCGUACUGCCAAAAGACUUUUAAAACAAACGUCAAUUGCCGGAAGCACAUAAAAAGUCACAAGCACGAGCUGGCGCAACGGCAAUUAGAGGAACAAAAGACGCAGAAUCAGAAGGAGCCGCAGCCUCUAAGCGAGGAUAAAGGAGCUACCUCAGCAUUACCGGGGAGCAUCACUCUCGCCGAAGAUAUGGAGGUGUCGUUUCAACCGCAAAUGGCGCCAGAUUUUACACAGGCCUUCUCCGAUCAGUUUCAAAGUCUCAGUGCGGAGAAAGAGAAAUCCUUUUUACUCCCGGACAACGCAACGUCGUCGAUAGUGAAUCAAAAUUUAUCUGUCGACACAACUAAUUUAGGAACGUCACAAACGUUACACGCCGAUGAAACCGGUACUAUCACGUUACCUAAUUACUCAGGAGAUCAAACUCUCACGCCGGAAAGCAUACGAGAGAUCGAAGAGACUCUGAAUCAGCAACUGUUUAAUAUCGACAUGAAUCUCGGGCUGGGAGCAAACAAUCUACCAAGGCAGAUGGACGAGGCGAAUACGAGUUCUCUCAACAAUUCCAGAGAACAACCGGUGCUCAAUAUUAUAUAUGAGCAAAACAAGAAUCUGGAAUCAUCGAGCAAUACCAUAUUCAUGUCACAAUUCGAUUCGUUUGAUAUGAACCAAAUUACAUUGCAGACGGAUAACGAUAUGGACAUCGAUCUAAAUCCGACCAACUCUACUAGUAUGUCCAGUAUUUUGCCCAGAUCCAUGGGAAACAACCAGCAAGAGGACCAACGAGCUGCUCCAGUUACCACCAACAGCAAUGUAGACGCUUCUCAAAUUACGAGAAACACUCAU